AUGUUAUACAUGUCAUCAUUUGAUUGGACCACUCGUUCAGACAGACUCAUAGCAGUAGAUGCUUCGUACUACGGUUUUCAAGCUCAGAGCAUCAUAUUCUCAUCCAAAUCAAUUAAUAAAACCCUAGAAAUCGAAGUCAAAAACAGAAUUCAACAGAAGUUUUUGGAUGAAAAGCCAACUCUAGAUGCCGAUGUUACCGAAAUUCUAGAGGGGAAAAUCUCGAUGCAGAACUAUUACCAAACACCUGUUGAAAACAUGGAUCGGAAUCUAUACCCAUCCGAUUUAAACCAAGGAAUCCGUUUUUCUAUUCAAACACCUGAAUUCGAUACCAACACAGACGAUCUAGAAUACAGACUAAGAGAACUAGAAACCGCGAUGCUUGGAACCGAUCAAGAUUUCUUGGAAACUUACAAUGGCUCAUCUUCUUGGGGUGAAACCAAUCAAACAAUUUCAGACACCAUGUCAGAGAUGAUAUCAAGAGGAAACUUCAAAGAAUUGCUCCUCGCGUGUGCCAAAUCAGUUGCAGAAAACGAUUCAAUCACCGCCAACUGGCUAAUGUCUGUGUUACGCCCUAUGGUGUCGGUUUCCGGCGAGCCAGCUCAUCGUCUAGGAGCUUACAUGCUUGAAGGGCUCGUUGCAAGACUAUCUUCUUCAGGCAGCUCAAUCUACAAAACCCUAAAUUGCAAAGAACCAACCGGAAACGAACUCUUUUCCUACAUGCGUGUACUCUAUGAAGCAUGUCCUUACUUCAAAUUCGGUUACCUAUCCGCCAAUGGCGCGAUAGCAGAAGCCAUGAAAAAUGAAAACAAAAUCCACAUAAUCGAUUUCCAAAUCGCUCAGGGUUCCCAAUGGGUAACCCUAAUCCAAGCUCUCGCCUCCCGCCCCGGUGGGCCCCCCACCCUUCGCAUCACCGGUGUCGAUGACUCCACAAACGCGUACGCCAGAGGCGGUGGCGUCAACAUCAUCGGUCAACGGUUAGCAAAUCUAGCGGAAUCAUGUAACAUCCCGUUCCAAUUCCACGGAAUCCCGGUUUCCGGUUCCGAGGUCGAGGCGUCACAUCUCGGAAUCGUCCCGGGGGAAUCGUUAGCGGUUAAUUUCGCGUUUAUGCUUCAUCACAUGCCGGACGAAAGCGUGGACCCUUUAAAUCAUAGGGAUCGAUUGUUGCGUCUCAUAAAAGGGUUGUCUCCGAAAGUUGUGACACUUGUCGAACAGGAAUCGAAUGUGAAUACCGCUCCGUUUUUUCAUCGGUUUCAAGAGACUUUAAAUUACUACACGGCUAUUUUCGAGUCGAUCGAUGUGACCUUACCACGGGAUCACCUACAGAGGAUUAAUGUUGAACAACAUUGUCUUGCGCGUGAUAUUGUGAAUAUAAUCGCGUGUGAGGGUGCGGAGAGAGUGGAGAGACAUGAGCUUCUUGGGAAAUGGAAAUCAAGGUUUACAAUGGCGGGGUUUAAACCGUAUCCUUUGAGCACGCUUGUGAAUUCGACUAUUAAGGCUUUGCUUGAAAGCUAUUCGCAUAAAUAUAGACUUGAAGAACGUGAUGGGGCUUUGUUUCUUGGUUGGUUGAAUCGAGAUUUGGUGGCUUCAUGUGCUUGGAAAUGA